AUGUCGUUGACUUCUACCUUGGAAGUAGAAUUGUUUGACGUUUGGGGCAUAGACUUCAUGGGCCCCUUUCCAGGACCUAGAGGCCACCAAUAUAUUUUAGUAGUUGUGGAUUACGUCUCCAAAUGGGUGGAGGCCAUCUUUUACGCCAAGAAUGAUGUGAUCAUGGUGGCUAAGUUUCUCAAAAAGAACAUUUUCAUGAGAUUUGGCAUGCCCCGUGCAUUAAUCAGCGAUGAAGUGGAGUUAGGCAGCAAGGAUGGGAGCAACAUCUUCAAGGUCAAUGGUCAACGCAUAAAGCCCUACUAUGGGGGCUUGGUGGAUCACAACAAAGAAACCAUUGACCUAGCUGGGCAAGCGUGA